CGGUCUGAUAGCUCAGCUGCUUUGAGGGCAUCUGGAGCCCUACGGAGUGGGGACGUGGGGAAGCAAAAGGGUGAGAACGCCGGCGGGAGAGAGAGGGCGGCUCCGGAGGAGGGCGGUACGUGGCUGACUCAUCCUUCUGGAAGAUCAGACUGACAGACACACACACAAGCCGAACCCGCCCGCCCGCGCCGCUCCUCCUCAGCCGGGAGGUGCCCGCCCGCACCGCCCGCCCGCCCUCUCUAAGAGCUCCUGGGGCCCCGCCGCCUCCGAGAAAGUUUUGCUCGUCGGAGGGACCGGAACCGCCGCGUGCCUUUUGGAAGGGAAGUAGGGACGAAAGAGGAGGCAGCCGCCGCGCGGUCUGGGGGAGUGCAUGGUGCCGGGCGCCUCGGCUGCCUAUCAGGAGGGCAUCGGGGCGGGGUCGGGCUGAGCCCAGAGCCUCCUUCUGCCCUCAGCCUCGCCAGAAAUCGCCUUCUCGGACUGCCGCGGGGGGGCUCCCCGCUCCUCAGCCCGCCAUGUCCCGGCUGCUGCCGCUGCUGAGGAGCCGGACCACGCGCAGUCUGAGGCCAGGCCCGGCCGCCGCGCCGCGCCCGUCCUCCUGGUGCUGCUGCGGGCGGGGUCUGCUGGCGUUGACGGCCCCCGGCGCCUUCCCCGUCGGCCCCAGGGGGCUGGGUACCCACCCUAAGAAGGAGCCCAUGGAGGCGCUGAACACAGCGCAGGGCGCGCGCGACUUUAUCUACAGCUUGCACUCCACCGAGAGGAGCUGCCUGCUUAAGGAGCUGCACCGCUUCGAGUCUAUAGCCAUCGCCCAAGAAAAAUUGGAAGCUCCACCACCUACCCCAGGACAGCUGAGAUAUGUAUUCAUCCACAAUGCGAUACCUUUCAUAGGGUUUGGGUUUUUGGAUAAUGCAAUUAUGAUUGUUGCAGGAACUCAAAUUGAGAUGUCUAUUGGAAUUAUUUUGGGAAUUUCAACUAUGGCAGCUGCUGCUUUGGGAAAUCUUGUAUCAGAUUUAGCUGGACUUGGACUUGCAGGCUAUGUUGAAGCUUUGGCUUCCAGAUUAGGCCUAUCAAUUCCUGAUCUCACACCAAAGCAAGUUGAUAUGUGGCAAACACGUGUUAGUGCACAUUUGGGCAAAGCUGUUGGGGUGGCUAUUGGCUGCAUUCUAGGAAUGUUUCCUUUGCUUUUCUUUGGAGGAAGCGAAGAAGAUGAAAAACUGGAAAAGAAAAAUUAACCCACUUAGAAUACCUGUAAAAAGAUGUAAACUAAUGACCUCAAUUAUUAAAUAUGCUGUCACAACAUUUAGGAAUUAAGACAGUAACAGUGUAUAGAUCCGGGAUCAAAUAACUCAGCAUGUUAUUAUGGAAAACACUAACUUAUUGUGGCUUGGUCUUCUUAGGACAUCUUUUUUAAAAACUGUUUAGUAACAUUUAAUGUAAAUUGUUGAGAUGCUUUUUCAUCAAUGGCAGUCAACAUUUACCUCUUCCUUCUCUUUCUUUAUACAUCAAAAAUAUUAUUUAUCAGUCAUUGAUGUACUGUACUGACUUGGGGUUUGCUUAUUUGUUACUUAACGUGUACAUGCAUGAAAGCAUUGUUUUGUUGUUGUUCUUUGACAGUUACAAUUCAACCUUAGAAUUUUCCAAAUUACUCAAGAUGUUUAAUUAUCAGUUAUAAGAUUUUUUGUAUAUUAGGCAGCAUCAAUUUUUUACUGUUUCACAGUAAAUAUUUCCAGUCAUAUAAUUUCAGUCAUUUUCUUAAUUCUCACAUCUAUUAAAAAGGGGCACAAUUUUUAAAGUACUUCUAUAUAUUACUCAUUUUAAUUUUCUGAUCUUAUUGUCUUAAGGGCCAGAGGUUAAUAAGAAUGUGCUCAUUUGGUCUCCCUACUAUAUAAAACCAUGUAUGUUAACACUUAUACUCAUUUCUAGUUGAUUUUUUUUACCUCUGUUUUCUCAAUUUUGAAUAAUUAUGGGGUGGGGAGAAAAUUAUCAUCUUAGGGUCUUUUUAAUGGGGACUGUAAAAUUAGGAUGAACUAGCGAAUUUGCAAUGAUUACCUGAAAAUUAAGAGGCUAAAGAUUAGAGAAAUAGAAAAUUGGAGCUGUCAGGAAGGUUUAUGGUUAUAAGUGGUAAAGUUGAAAGAUGUUUUUUAAGGUUAAUGAGAUACAGAUUAUGUUUGGAAGGGUUUUCGUCCCUCCUCCCCCCACCUCCAAAGUGUUUUCUCCUCAUCUGGACUGAAUGAGUCUGAAUACUCCAUACUAAUAAUCUUGAUAUCAUUAUAUCUUGUUUAGUGAAUUUUAUUCCUGAAUAACUUCUUUUGAGGUGAAAACUAAAUAUUUUAUAUUUUGCCUUUUGCCAUAUAGUCUGGAAGUUAAAAGUUACAUGAGGAGGAAUCCUUCAUUUUUUUGGUCUUUUUUUUUUUGUGGUAUUUAAAGCAUAUUCUAGGUUGAAGAUUGUUUUUCUAAUCUUGUAUAUCUGACUUAAAUAAAUACAGCCAUGUGUGACUCAUUAAUUUUAAUUUCUGAAUCCUUGAAGUUUUUUAGCAUGUAACCUGUUGUUACACAUGCUAAAAAAUUACUCUCACUUGUAAGACAUCAUGGAGGAGAGAAACUAAAAUUAAGUUAUUAUUUGGCCACUGUAUGCUGCUAAAUAGAUGCAAAAGAACAGAAAAUUACAGGAUAGCUGUACUGACAGAAAUCUUAUUUUAAAGUUUCAUUUGCACAUAUUUACUUAGAGCUCUAAUUUUCAGAGGAGCUACUUUUUUUUUCCACAAAGCAAUUUCAUAACUUCUCUCCUGUAUACUUGAAAAAGAUUUAGUACUAUCUUUUAAUUAUAGCUCUUAAGGGAAAAAAGAAAAUAUACAAUAUAAAAAUAAAUAUACAAAAUUCUUUAUUAUGCGUACAUAAUUUGACAGUCUCAUUUGAUCAAAUUAGAAUUAUAGAACUUGAGAACCUACACAGAAUUGUGGUUUGUAUUUUCUACAUAAUCAUCCACUCAUACUACCCAAUUUUUUUGAUCAUUUCAGAUAAUAGGAUUAGAGUGUGCUUAUUUAAAAAUUGUUUUGUAAAUGGUUAAUUGCUUUUAUCCCUAACUUUUAUGUUGCUGGUCUUUCUGUUUUCUAAAAAAGAAUUUUAUUGUGGUGCUUAAAACUUUUUCUUUUUAAUUAAAUCCCAUAUCCAGAAGCCUUGCCUGUGAGUUUAGAAAAGGCAUUUGAUUAUUGACUUCUUUUUUUGCUGUUGAAACUAAUUCAGUCCUACAGAAUCUGUCAGUUGAAUGUCUUUAGAAUUAUUUAAGGUCUCAAGACAUGGAAUAUAUAACCUUCAUGUUGAAAGAUAUUUUAAUUUAUGGACACAACAAAAAUUUAAAUCAUUCAGGUAAUUAAAUUAAAAAAAAAAAAACGGAGCCCGUUUGUCCUUAAUUGAAGGUACACAUAAGGUCUUAUUAUAUACUAGUAUGGUACUCUGCAUAAAGUGAUUUCUGAAAAAUGGUUUCCUUUAAGAUAGUGACUUCUCAUAAACUUUAUUUUAUGUUUUUAUCACAGAGAACCUUAUUUCAGAUUGAAACUGGAACUCUUUUUUCUCAUAUUAGUUAUUUCUCUACUGGAAGCACUAGAACUAUGGUUAAAUGCAACAUGAGCUACUUUAGUACUGUUUGAAAUUCAUGUUGUCUGUGUAUUAUGAUUUAUUGACUUGUUGAUGCAUGUAAAUUGAGUGCAUUUUGUUGCCACUGUAUGUUAAAUGGUGACCAAUGUUUUUACAAAGAUGAAUUGAACAAAAAAUAUCUUUUAAGAAA